AUGGAAGAGGAGCCAGAGAGAAAGAAUUUACUGGUUUUACCUAGCUUUGAAAAAGAACCUAAUGCAAGUAGCUGUGAUGGAACUAAAUAUUUAAACACUUAUGUAGGAGAUAAGGAGAAAUUAAAUGAAUAUACGGUACUUUGUGUUCCUGACAAAACAGAUGUUGAGUCUCCUGAUAUCUAUGAAUCUGUUAAUAAUUUACAAUCAGUUUCGCCAAUGUUUAAAAAUGAACCAGUUUUAUUUAUGAAUAAAUCAAUCACACCUGGAUUGAAGUUAAUUCAAUUAGAAAUGGGUCCAUGCCAACCAGUUGCUACCGAUUUACCCAAUGGUAAAUUUCCUAAAGAUGAAUCAAAUCCACCACGUUCGUUUUCAACAUCAUAUUAUACAAAGUUGGUUAAUGGAAAGUCUGAACAUCGAUCGUGGAUUACAUACUCGUCUUCAAUGAAUAGAAUUUAUUGCUGGACAUGCAAACUGUUUGGUUCUAUUAGAGCUCAAAAAAACUCUUUUGUCACUACAGGUUGCAAUUCAUGGGGACAUUUAGGUGGUUUAUAUGGUCAAAUUCAUUUACAUGAAACUUGUAAAGAUCACUUAGAAGCUGAAUUAAAUAAAAUAAUGUACAUAAAUAAUAAUCGUGUUGAUAUUCAGUUAAUGAAUUCUAAUAAUAAGCAUGUUGCAAUGAAUAGAGCAGUUGUGCAUGUAUUAAUGGAUAUAGUGUUAUGUUUAUCCAAACAUAAUGAUGCAUUCAGAGGCCAUACUGAGUGUUUAACUAAUGGUAAAAGUGAAAAAUUUCUAGAUUGGGUCAACGUUUUGGCCAAACAUCAUACAAUUUUAGCUACACACUUGGAAAAUAUUAAAUCAUCAACAAAAAAACAAAGAUUGACAUUUCUAUCUAAAUCAUCACAAAAUUCUAUGCUCAACUGUAUUGCUGAAUCGAUCCGUGAAACUAUUUUAAAGGAAGUGAAAGCGGCUGGAAUGUAUUCACUUAUACUGGACUCUACAACGGAUGUGUCAAAGCUCGACCAAUUUGCUUUUGUAUUGAGAUAUUGUACAAACGAUGGGCUUAUAAAAGAGUGA